UCUGUCAUGGCACAAUUAUUGUUGCUAAAGGCUGUGAAGCACACAGAAGUCCUUGCACCGGUCCAUGGGAAAAGCGUCAUGGAGGUCUGCGUAUUCUUCCUUUAUGCUAUGAUACUUCUCCCAGGUAUUGCUGCCAGUGUGCAUCAGGUGAAGUCAUUUCUCUAUCACACUGCAUACCUAUCCUGCUAUUUUCCAAACUCUCAGAAAACCGACAUAAAGGAUUUGAGAGUUUUUUGGCAAAAAGGCGCUGACGAAGUGGUGCACGAAGUAUACUAUGGCCAAGAAAAACACGAUAACCUUAGUCCUAAAUAUAUAAAUCGCACCAAGAUGGAUAUGGACAAAUGGACCUUGCAAUUGUUAAAUGCAGAAAUUGUGGAUGAGGGACAGUAUGUGUGUAUUAUACAGCACAGAGAUAAAGGAUCACCAAAGGUCAUACACACAUCUGAGUGCUUACUGCACAUCAUUGCCAACUAUAGUCAACCUAAGAUAGCACCACUGCGCACUGGGGAACUAAAGCCCAACGACUACUUGAAUCUUUCCUGUUCUUCCAGCGGAGGUUAUCCAAAGCCCAAGCAGAUGACUUGGCUAAUUUCACAAGGAAACAAAACAUCCAGGUUUAUACAUCCCAUGAAUGUCUCACAGGAUGCUGUAACAAAGCUGUACAAUGUUACUACCAUGCUGAAUAUCACAGUUCCUGCAAACACCCUCAUUACUAUUACCUGCUUGCUUCACCUUGAGGAGCAGCUGGGGAGCCUUGUCUCAGUGCCACUAGAGAUACCAGGGGGAAAAAUGGAGCAAGUGAAGAUAAAUUUCUUUGGCCCACUUAUAGCUGUGAUUGUAGUGAUCACACUUCUUCUGGGUUUUGUGAUAUUGAAGAAAAACAGAAAUAGCUCAUCUGCUAACCAGAGUGUCAGUCUAGCAGUCUAG